UCCCCAUCCCUUAUCUCAUUGCGGAUUUGCAUAAUAUUCGAGGUAUGAUCCCACGGGGUCCGCAACCUCUGCUGCUCCCUUGUAUGACUUGAUGAUCCCCUCGAGUCUAGGGAGGACAAGGGAGGGUGGGGGAUGAAUUGGGUUCGUUACAGCCCAGCCCUGGCGGAGUACUCCGUGCGGUUUCUCUCCAGUAUCGAUUGCUCACCCCGCGCCAACUGGCACAACCUUGUCCAUGGGUACCUAGUUGGUCAUAAUGGUGUGUUGUGUAUGAGAUGCUGGCUUGCAAGUAGUAGACUCUGUAUACACGAUGGGGAGCUCAACAACGAGCGUUUGAACCAGGAAUUACGUUAUCAACUUAGCAAAGUCACAUAUACAGAUCAUAGUUACCUGAUUCCUGGCCCUCAAAGCGCCGCCAAGCCACAGGAAUGGAAAGAUGUUUUGUUUACCUUACCUUUCCCCUUCCCACCAGACAACCAAAGGACCUGGGAUCAAUCCGCCUAUCAACCCAGUGCCGUAACGAGUUUGGUGGGGGGGGGGGCAGGCGGGAAGCACAGGGACGCAAAACCUACCUCCCUCCCCUCACGCAGCAGAGUAAAAUCUACGUUAACCACCGAACUUCACAAGCUGCACCGCCACGCCUCUUCUAUCUCUGUUCUGUUCCUUGCGUAUGAACAAAACAGUUGAUAAAUCCGCGCCCUUCCAUCUUUGAUACUGAACCCCUCGGUAAUGCGAUCAUCGUGACCGUGCGCACCGAUAAGAAGACGGGAC